AUGGAGUUGAAAGAGAAAUUAACACUCAUUGCAACACCAGCACUUGCACUUACAGCAGCUUCAAUAGCUUCUUAUUAUAUUGCAUCAUUAAAGAAAAAGAUUGAUAUAUUAAAUAAAAAGGCAGAAAAGGAGAGAGAGGACAAAGUACAAGCACAAAAGAUAUGUGAAGAACAGAGAAAAGGUAGAACUCGUGCAGAGAUUGAAUUGCGUAGAGUUGUAAACUCGUUAAAGGAGGAUAGAGAGAAUAGCAAUACCGAGAGACCACCUGAUUAUCCACCCAUUGGUUUCUUGGAGAGUGUCUAUAGAGAGAGAAAUGGUACACCAAGACAAGGAUUGGUUGUCACCAAGGGUAGAGCUAUCCUUCGUCUUCGUACCAACAUCAACCCUGUUCAUGCAUUGGAAGGACUCGAACAAUAUUCACAUGUAUGGCUCAUCUUUGUAUUCCACGAGAAUACCAACACUCUUAGAAGUGUUCGUCAAGACAGACCUGGCAGUAAUGUCAAGGCCAAGGUAUCACCACCAAGACUCGACGGUGUCAAAGUUGGUCUAUUCUCUACUCGUUCACCACACAGACCAAACGCUAUCGGUCUCUCUGCCGCUAAAAUCGAUAAAAUUGAAGGAAAUGCUUUACAUCUUUCUGGUAUCGAUUUAAUUGAUGGAACACCAAUUUUAGAUGUUAAACCAUAUCUUCAAAUGUAUGAUUCAAUUCCAGAGGCAAUUAAUCCAAGUUGGAUCUCUGAUUUUGUUCCACUUGAAGAUGUUGUCAUUUCUAAAGAGGCUGAUCAACAAUUGGCCGAGUUGGUUAAGCGCAAGGUACUCAAGUUUUACAACAACUUUGAUGAUGUUAGAACUGCAAUCUGUCAAGUAUUGAUCGAGGACAUUAGAUCGAUUAGAAAGAGAAAGUCUGACAAGGAGAGAGAAAAGGGUGAAAAGGCAGACGACCAAGAACAACAAGAAGAAGCUGGUCCAGAACAACAUAGAUUCUGUCUCGAUACUAUCAAUGUUUGCUUUACCGUUGAAAAUCAAAAGGCCUAUGUAUCUAAAAUCGAAUUGGAUCAAGUCCUAUUUGAUCAACAAAAAAAUAUUUAUCAACCUUCUGGAAUUUAUAAAGGUGAAAAAAAAUCAUCAAUUAACAAUAACAAUAACAAUCAAAAUAAUCAAAAUAAUAAUACCACACCAACAUCAACUUCACCAUCUUCAUCAUCUGAUACAUCUUCACCACCAAUAAUCAUGAAUCAACAAUCACCAUUGGAUUUAUAA